AUGCGCUUUUCCCCGGUCUUAAAGUCCUCGCCUCACUGCCUUCCGAGUCCAGACGGACGGUGGAUUGCAACGCUCCGUCCCUCCAGUGUCGUCAUCAGAGAGGUUGAGUCCCUGAAUGUUUUCCGAAGUAUCAAGCUGUCCACAGCCUUCGCCGGAAAUGUGACCACAUUCGUCUGGUCGCCGUCGUCAGAGAGGAUCUUGCUUGCUUCUGCUCAUGAGAUCCAUGUAUUCUCUGCUGCAGAUGCAAACUUUCAUGCUACCAUCCGCAGCCCUUCUUCAUCAACUGCCAGAUCAACUUUUAUCGACUUUGGAGCUACUGACAGGGAGGCUUGCAUUUGCUCGGCCCAUGGCAUCAAGCUUUCAAUUUUCAAUCUCACAACGUCCAAGGUUGUCGAGAUAAGCAACCCAAAGUUUCACACGACUGUAUCUGCAGCUCGGGGAUUCUCAUUUCGGCGACGCACCCACCACCUUGCAUUGCUUACAAGAACCUCGGGAAGAGAUACCAUCAGUAUUCAUUCCCCGGACUCGAGGGAGGUCCAAAGAUCCUGGAACCCGGAUGUUAUUGAUGCGCAGGGCCUUUCAUGGACCCCGGACGGUAAAUGGUUGGCUGUGUGGGAAUCUGCCUCACAGGGCCACAAGGUUUUGUUUUUCACGCCAGAUGGCCAUAAAUAUAGGGACUGGUGUGGUCCACUUCAGCAUGCAUCAGGCGAGGUGCAGGAUCGAUUGGGUGCGGGUGUGAAGCUCGUGGCCUUCAGCGCGGAUAGUCAGUACAUGGCGAUUGGCGACUUCAGCAGAUGCAUAUCUGUGUUACACACAUCGAUUACAACCCAGCAGUUGCUGCUCCAUCAUCCUACCGUCCUCGAGCCGAAGGAUACGGUCCAGAUUUGGCAGGAGCAAAUUGAUAGCGCCUCGAAAGGAGACGUAGCCACGUUCCCCUUCGUUCAAGCUUCUCAGCCAGUGUCACCGCCAGGCCGAGCCCCAGGCGGUACAUCGGAGCUCAAGUCAGGUCCUCACACAAUCUUAUUCGACUGUUCUGCAGCCCUAGUCGCAGUCAUCCUAGACGACGCGCCAAGCACGCUGUGGAUCUGGGAUGUGUCGGUAGUAGAAUUGCGUGCAGUCCUCAUGUUUCAUUCCGAGAUCUCCAGAGUCGAAUGGCACCCAGUGCAAUCGGAACUUUUGUUCGUCAAAUGCGAAGGGAACAACUACAAUGGCGUCAUAUUCAUUUGGGAUCCUUUAAGCGGUGGCCCCCAAACAAUGGACUUUCGGUCACUGUUGCCGGAUCGCAAGACUGGCGGGAAGUCGUCUGUUUUCUGGCUCAAGUCCAACAGAGAGCCUGCAUCACUGUUCUUUGCAGAUGGCAAAAAUUGUCUACUUGGAUCUCUAGCUGAUACUGACGAAGAAGCACUUCCAUGGCAGGAGCACCAACCAACGCCGUCCAUCAAUAUGAACCAACCCACAGAAUCACCGCUGGACAUCAUGCCCGGUUCCGCUGAAGAAAGCGACGAGAGCAGCGACCUGGGUGUCGGCGAACUCGAUGACACAUUUCAUUUCAAGAAAAAUGGCAUCGAGUAG